AUGACGAGCCUUCCAUCGCAGCCAUCGGUUGCGGAUGCGGCCAGGUUGAUGGACUCGCUCAGCAUUGCGUCCGAGUCAACAUCAAGCUUGCUCAUCGCUUCUGCAACCGAUCAUGAUGUCCCGUUACAGCCACGGGCUGGCGCAAAAACUGGCGAAUUUGACCAACACCAAGCCACGUCGUACGACAGCCAUCGCGUUCAACCCACGUUGACGAGAAGUGUGACUGGGUGUUCAGCCGCAAAGCAGUUUUCAGCAACUUCAAACUUGAAAGGGUUACCAAGUCUGCCAGCCGAAAUCAUCUUUCAAAUAGCCACACACUACCUAUCUACCAUGUCUACACCUCUUCAUACCAGCACCGAUGUUCGGCCCACCGGAUUUGGUUGCAAACACGCAUUCCCGCCGUACGCCUCUCUCAUAUCCACCGGUUCCGAACUUUCUGCACUGAUGUCACUCUCGUCUGUCACUCGAAGCUUUCGCAAUACCCUUGUGCCGUUGAUAUGGCAUACAAUCGUCAUUAGAACGCCGCAACAUCUCCCACGUCUCGCAACGCUCUUGAAGAGCUACGAUACGCUAUCUAUCCGGUCUGGUUCUCCUCCGCAACCAAGAAGCUCUUUGCACACACGCGAGCCAAAAGACGACUUUCAUGAUGCUAGACUGCGCCAUCCUCUUCCGCACAUUCGAAGCAUCGUCAUCGCGGUCCCCGACAAAUACAUGGAUUUGGACCAAUCCUACCUACUCACACUGCUUCGCUCCAUGCACUUGUCACAAACACAACAGCUCGAGCAUCUAGCCUGGUCAGCCGAGGCGGUACCCAAUCCAGCGAUAUGGGCGCUACUGGGUCCAAGUUUGAGGAGCCUGGAGUUGGAUGGCAGGACAUUCUAUCACGGUCAUGCGGCGAUGAGUGGGUUGGAAAGGCUCGAGAGUUUGACCAUGGUUGGGUAUGAGAGUACAUUGUUACCUCGGGGCGUGGUGGCGGUGUUUCAGGCUCAGGCGAGAGCAGAUGGGAUCGAAGCAAGCGCAGGAGAGAUUCAUGAACUGCCAGAGGGCGCUGAGGAAGAAGGCAAGCGAGGCAGCGGCGAGAGCCCCGUAGUGGAGCUGCAAGCUACUGCUGCCGAGGAGCGCAGGCAGGCGAGACAUUUAUACCUCGAUCCGCCGUCGACCACUUGGUCACCUCCUGCUCCUCCUCCUUUUCCACGCUUGCCAAUUUCGCCUUCAACCACUCGAACCCGACUCGCGCAUCUCUCGCUCAGCACCUCGAAAACCUCACUCUUCCACCAACCAAGCCUGCUACCCUCAUUCCGCGGUCUAACCCACCUCGAUAUCUUUCCGAUCACCCCGCAGCCUCCGCUCUCCCGCAGCCUCAUCUCGACCGCAUCCACACUCACCCACCUGCGCAUCGUACUCGACAUCUCGGGCGCUUUUGCCAACUACGACGCGCUCUGGUCUGAUCUCACGGGCAACUUGCCAUUGCUAGAGUGGUUGGAUGUGGAUCCACUGCCCCAGCAAAACACUGCCCCGAGCUUCGCUCGCUUUGUAGACGCAGCGAAAAACUUGAAGUACAUCAACGGCAGAGACGUGCAUAGUUUGGCACUUUGUUUUGGCGAUCUUGAUCCGAGCAACCCGAGCGCGCCACUGCCGUAUUGA